UACGUACACGCACGCAAACGCGCUGUUGUCUCCUGGAAACGGGUAUGACGCGGUGAGCACGUGACUAAUCCCCGGCUCAGGUGACGCGUACUUUUAGUCAUGGCCGACGACUACAGGCGACAGGGUUUCGAGUUGGAGAGAAGGAUAUUUGAGUUAGACAUCAAGUGUUCCAGUCUCAGAGCUGAAAAGCAAGAUGAUGACUAUUUACAGAAUGCGUCUGCCAUACUAGAGAAGUUGAAAAGCUAUUACAGGCAAGGAGGGGAGAGUAGCAACCUUUCCAAGGUGCUUCAGGAUUACACACAGGUGAUCCUGGACAUCACAUUUUAUGAAGAGAAUAAACUGGUGGACCAGGAGUUCCCUGAGGACUGCUCACCUUUUAAAAUCCAGCAGCUGCUGCAAGACCUGACCGAGCCAGAAGUUUUGGCAGGGAGGCUAGCACCUGCACAAGAAGUGCAGUCUAUGUUGGGCCUUGAGCUGUUAGAAUGCCUCUAUUGGAGACGUGGAGCUCUGCUGUACAUGUACUGCCACACCCUGCAUCAACGAAAACAGUGGAUUAAGAAAAACAAGGAUACAUUCCUGAAGUGUAUUCAAGAAGGGGUGCGCUACCUAAUGCGAAUGCUGCAGGUGAGAAACUCUGUGAAGCUCAACGAUGGUGUGGUGCUCCAUGACACUGCUACAGCAAGCUUCCUAUCUGAAGGUAUCUUCUCAGACACACACCUGUUGACGAUGAUGUACAUCGGGGAAAUGUGUUUCUGGGCGGUCAAGUACGAGGACUGCAGUGCUGACACUAUGGAUCGCAAGGAAGAUCGCCUCCAGUUUCGGGACAUUGGCACACAGAUCCUUAACAAAUACGUGCUUGCUUGUGAGGGCCCUCUGCAGGGCCAGGGCUGGAACACAGAAAAUGCCAAGGAAAUCCUUAGUAUUUUACAGUGAACCCAGCUGCCCCUGUGUUGAAGUUGCCCCCAAGCACCGAUCUAAGUUCAGUAUUCAAAUGUGUGUCAACCCCAAAUAAAAAUGCAAUCCAUCA